AUGUUAGUGAAUAUAAGGUUUGUUGACAAGGAUGGAAACUGCUACGGUAUUCUGAAUGAAGUUGAUGACACUACAAGUCUAUUAAAUGUUCGAACACGCGCGUCAUCUGUUCUAAAAUCACUUCCUAUAAAUUAUCUGUUUACUUGGAGGGACACUCCAGUAUCCCCAAAACAAGAAAAUAUUUUCAAAGUACACCGAUGUGCCAACUUAAUUUCGGAUCAUCCCGGGUUAUUCGAUCUUGUUAUAAAUGUUGAGGAGACGAGAGAGGGAAACGAUAGUUGUGACCAGUUAACAUCAAAAUAUAAAACCGACCAAGACAGUUCAGCCGGAAAAUUUUCUACGACCAAACACUCUGGAAAAAUAAAGCAAGGUUUGGAUAUUUUCACUCUGGAAGAAAUUGAGAGACACGAUAUCUCAAAAUUAGAAAAAGAGAGAAGAAUGUUUUGGAAUAACCUUGCCUGUGAAAUUUCCAGUCAUCCUGUAUACAAACAUUGGAAUUUGCAAGCGGUGGUUGGACUCAUAGACACUGAAUGGACUAUGAGGAAAUCUGAAUUACUUAAGUUGGAAGCCAAUCACCUGCUAAAAAAAAUCCAAAAAAAAGACUUAAAAGAUUCUUUCAAACAUAAAACAGGUGAAAAGGAAAAGAAACUUCUUCAAAUUUUAGAUCGUUUAUCAAGGCUUGAACAUCGACGUAAAACAACGUACAAACUCAUAGAGGACCUUCAUACACAACUCAAGCGUUCGACGACAGAUCGUCACUUAACUGAAGAGAAAAUAGAAGAUCAGGAAAGUGAAUUAGACACAGUAUUUACGGAACUGAAAUGUUGUCUGGCGGGAUUGGAAAAAUUUAUCAUGUAUAGCAAAAAAGACAUUUAUAACCCUGACGGCGUUAAUGACAGUGCUUCAAGUACCAUGGAAAAACCUAAAGCGCCGACUUUAACGCACGAAGAAUUAUCCAGUAUAACUCAAUCAGUCGUGGACGAUUGGCAAAUUGACGACCUUAGUGACUAG